AUGGAUGGGAUCUCGACCGCUGCGUCUCUUGUAGCCUUGCUUCAAGUUGCGGCCCAGUCUUGCAAGUUUAUCCUCGGGAGCUAUGAGGCGAUCGCUGGUGCCCCCGGCGAGAUCCAUCGACUUGCCACAGCCUGGACGGGACUCCCGGCGGGCAUCACAGCGGACGCGGAGCUGAGAAGCACCCUCGGUACCUUCAUCGAUGAGGUACGGGAGGCGGAAAAAGCAGCAGCCGAAGUCGGUCGUCUCCUUGCAAAAGGCGGCGUCCGGGGUUGGCUUGCCAGGGUGAAUCAUGCAAUGCAGGACCGACGACUUGUCCGAUUCCGCGAGCGCGUGACCUACUUUUAUGCUGUCUUCUUGAACGAGACGCAGGUACUUGAAAUCGCUCAGCCUGUCGGCGUUAUAAUCCCGCCUGCAGUGCCCUUGGGUCACAACUUGGUUGACCAUGCCGGCCAACUUGCACCGAGUUCACCAUCACCGCCGGCCUGCGGCUCUGCAGGACUCUCUGUUGCAGAGGUCGGAAUGCAGCCCAAGGCUUCCAAAGCAUGGACCAUGGGGCCUUCUCUCCUGCGCUUACGGCAUGGACAUGCGGUCUUUCGGCAGGGCACAUCACGAACUUGUGCAAUAUACACUGUUCUCUUAUCAUCGUGGGCGUACCAAGUGUCCCUGACUGUGUUCUCUUGGAAAGUCACUCUGACGAUUCUCGGAUGCACGCGUUUGCCGGGCCUUGGCGGGAUGUGGAUGGAUCCUAAAAUACGUGUGACAAGCGUCGUGCCAGACGAUUGGCCCAUAUUCAGAGCCAUCAAAGAAGGCGAUUGUGAUACUGUCCGAGAACUCCUCGUGUCGAGACAAGUCUGCAUCACGGAUACGACGCGCCAGGGAGAAAGCCUCCUCCAUGUGGCCACUCGGCACCAAAAGACAGGCAUAGCGCAGCUACUUCUCCAUCUCGGCGCUGAUGUCAAUGCAACUGAUGACCUUGGCGUAACCCCUUUGCAUCUCUCCAUCCGCUUGUCCAACGACCUCGCUCUAUCCAAAGCCCUCCUCGCAUCCGGCGCUGAUCUCGCCCGCCGCGACCUCUCACAGCGCACACCACUACAUCACUACUUUUCCUCGCACACACGCGCCGUGCUCUACGAGGCGGCUCUGCACAGCCAGGACAGCGACCUGGACGCCCUGGCAGCACCCGACGACCAGGGCAUGCGCCUCAUCCACUACCUCGCAUGGACGCGCUCCUCCACUGCCAAGGAGGACCUCCUCUUCCUCGCCCAGCGCCAACAGCUCCCCGCCGAGUCCUGGACCCUCCCUGACAGCGCGGGCCGCUCGCUGCUCCACCUCGCCGCCGAGCGCGGCAACAUCCCGCUCAUGCGCCACCUGCUCAGAAUGAAGGGCUCAGGUUCCGAGAGUCUAGGUCCCUUCCGUGGCCGUGACCGGACGGGGUGCACGGCGCUCCACUGUGCGACGAGGAGCGGGCGGGCGGCCGCGGCGCUGAGGGUGCUGAUCGAGGAAGCGGGGUUUGACCUGCAUGAGAGUGACAGAGGAGGCAGCACCGCGCUGCACCACGCUGCGGCGAACGGCAGGCUGGGUGCGGCGGUCGUCCUGCUGGAGCUCGGGGCGGUGGCGGAUCUGACGAGUAAGAAUGCACGAGGCAAGACGCCGCUGAACUUGACCAGGACCCGAGAGAUGAGGGACUUGUUGGAAGGGAGAGCGCAAGGUCAUCAGGGAGCGUGUGAGCAAAUCGUGGAAGCCAACAUAUACGGCCAGACCGGCGCGGAGCGGUCAGUCCAGGGGCCCUUGAAAAUCAUGAAGAAAGGCUGGGCGCAGUCGAUUUCGUCCAGUCGCAUACUACUAUUGUAUACUGUGGGAGUUGUUCUGUUUCUCCUGCAGAUUGGACGACUAUAG